AUGGCACCAGCACCGGAAGAGAAAUAUUUAUACCUAGCUAUAUAUAUUAUAACUCUUCUGACAGGCUUUCCAGCCAACCUUCUUGCACUCCAUGCCUUAAUUCGUAAACUGCGUGUUAAGGCCACUCCGAACGCCAUCCUUCUCUUCAACUUGACUAUAUCAGACCUGUCAUUCUUGAUUUUCUUGCCUUUCAAGGUAACAGAAAUCUUACAAGGCCAAUGGACAAUGCCAUCAUUCCUCUGCCCACUUAGUGGACUAUUCUACUUCAGCACCAUCUACUCCAGCACUUUGUUCCUUACCGCUGUCAGUGUAGAACGGUACCUUGGUGUGGCCUUUCCCCUCAAGUACAAACUGUACCGCAAGCCUAGCUAUGCUGCCGCAGUCAGUGGUUUUCUGUGGAUCUGCUCGUUUGCUCAUUGUAGCAUCGUCUACAUUACAGAGUACCACCAGGCUUCCAAUGCCAGCAACAGACUCACCUGCUAUGACAACUUCACGCAAGAGCAGAUGAAAGUUCUGCUCCCAUUCCGUCUUGAGUUGGGACUCCUCUUGUUUUGCUUUCCUUUCCUCAUCACCUGUUUCUGUUACGGAAGUUUCAUCAGGAUCCUCAUAUCUUCAACGCACAUCCACCGUGAGAAGAAGCAACGAGCCAUUGGGUUGGUCCUUACCACCCUGAGUGUGUUUGCUAUGUGUUUUGCCCCCUACAACGUCUCUCAUGUGGUGGGAUUUUUUCAGAAGGAGAACCUCAAAUGGAGAGAGAAGGCCUUGCUAUUGAGUACAUUUAAUGCUAGCUUGGACCCCAUCAUCUUUUACUUCUCCUCCACCGCUGUCCAGAACUCAUGCAAGUGCUGCUUGAUGAAGCUAAACAUUUGCCACCCUAAUCCAGCUCCACAUAAAAUCAUGAACAAGGAAAGCAUGAAAAUGGGACAACCGCAGCUUUCCGACAGCCAGAUAUAUAGUUCCAAAAAUUAA